AUGGUGCUCAAACCGCACAUCCAUCGAAUCCGGACCUUCUCCGCGUACGUCCAGCCGAUAAAGUUCAUGCAUACUCUCUUGUUCAGGCUCAAGACGGGCGCGCCGCACUUGGAGGAGCUUACGCUCCGCAUGGACCCCAUGGACCCUAUGGAUUUGUUGGCGCGUCUUGGCAGGCUAACGGCGCCGACGGUGACCCCCUUCACAGCGCGCCCUCUAUUUAGCGGGGAGACGCCUGCUCUGCGCUCGGUCACCCUCUCGUGCGUGUCUCUUCCGUGGACGACACCUACAUACCAAAAUCUACUGCAUCUAAAACUUCUCGAUCAAUGCGAUCUGCUGUCGCAGAUCACACGGCUGGUUCCCAACGUCACCAGGAUCGACCGACUUGUGUCAUUGCCUGAUUUGCGGGAACUAGAAUUGUCUUUCAUACAGCCUUCAUACAUCUCCGCCAUCCUCGCGCACCUGUCGCUUCCUGGAGACACAAAGAUCACGCUCCGUGCUGUCAUAGAAGACCCGUACAGGCACAUAUACCGCAUGCUCCCCAAAGACUACACCGCCAUCCACACGCUCUGCAACUUCCGCACUUUCGAAAUAUUCACCAUGGCCGAAAGGAAGUUCGCGGUCGUAUACGUCUCGGCGGCGCUCAACCUCAGUAACGUCGAGUCGUUCAUGGUGUCGGACCCGACAGCCCAGCUGUCUUUGCCGUUGCCGCAGUGGCGGGGAGUCCUGCGCAGCAUGGCUCGUGUGCGCAUGCUGCGCUUCAUAGACAUGGCGACAAAGUGUCUUUCCUCUGCCUUGGAAGCGCUGAGGACACCAUACGAGUCGCUGGCGGGGGUCAAGCGGAAUCUCAUCUGCCCCGAGCUCAAAAAUCUCGAGUUUGUUGGCGGCACGUAUAGCGACGCGUUCAGCAGCAAUUUAGUUCUUUUGUCUCACAACCCUAAUGUCGACGAGGGGCGAAUUAAUGGAUUCGAUUGA